GGCGCCUCCCCCUCAGCCGGCACAGCGACGUGGGUCGCUCCGGCCGCGCUGCGCACGCGAGUUCCUAGGCGGGUCGGUCUGGCAGCCGGCAGCGGCGCAGCGGGUACCGGCCGGCGCUAGAGCAGCGGGCUCGAGCGCACCGCGCGCCGUCGCCGCGAUGCCGGUGCUGUUGGUGGCGUUGCUGGCCCUGGCGCUCGCCUUCUUCGCGCUGCUGGACGGCUGGUACCUGGUGCGCGUGCCGUGUGCCGUGCUGCGCGCGCGCCUGCUGCAACCGCGCGUCCGCGACCUGCUGGCGGAGCAGCGCUUCCCCGGCCGCGUGCUGCCCUCGGAUUUGGACCUGCUGCUGCACAUGAACAACGCGCGCUACCUGCGCGAGGCCGACGUGGCGCGCGCCGCGCACCUGACCCGCUGCGGUGUGCUCGGGGCCCUGCGAGAGUUGGGGGGGCACACCGUGCUGGCCGCCUCUUGCGCGCGCUACCGCCGCUCGCUGCGCCUGCUGGAGCCCUUCGAUGUGCGCACCCGCCUGCUGGGCUGGGAUGACCGCGCCUUCUACCUGGAGGCCCGCUUUGUCAGCCUGCGUGACGACUUCGUGUGCGCGCUCCUGCGCUUUCGGCAGCACGUGCUGGGCACCUCACCGGAGAGCGUCGUGCUGCACCUGUGCAAGCGCAGGGUGGAGUCCCCUGAGCUGCCUGAAGACCUGCAGCACUGGAUCACCUACAACAUGGCCAGCAGCCAGCUGCUCUGUGCCGAGAGUGGGUUCCGCAAUGUCAACAAGGACCAGUGACCGCUGCCUCCACACCCAGUCCCCCCUGCCUGUCCUGCAGAAAGAGCAGGCUGGGCUGGGCUUUCUCCGAGCUGGAGUGGCCCCUGCCCAGCCCCCUUCACUCGCUGGGCUCCCCAGUUGCUGAUAUCCCUCUGGACUGGGCAGGGGAUCGGGUGGCAUUGGCCCCCUGACCCGGCUCUGCCCCUGGGGUGGGGUUGGAUGGGCAGAGGGACCUGGCCCAGCCCUGCAACGAGGCCACACUUCUGUGGCCUAGGUGGGGAAGAUGUGCCAGGAGCACAGCGGCCUGAGCACAUCUGGGUUGGAGCUGCCAGGAGGGGCGGGGCAGGGCCAGGCCAGAGCAGUGCUGGGCACGAGCUGGACCUCUGAAGGGUAGAGGUAGCAUUUGCCAGGCAGUCCCCCUGGCAUCCGGUGAGGUGGGGGGCAGGCCCAGGGUGGAGUCUGGUUGGUCAGAGGUUGGGCUGGAGGCAGACUGAGGGCAGGAGGGAGGAUUGGCUGGCAUUUGACAACAGCAGACAGGGUUACCCAAGCUACCCUGGUAUCAUUGGCCUCGGGGUGGGAGGGCCGGGCAAGCAGCUGGGGCUUGUGGCUGGGAGGGGUCAGCUGGUACAGGGCUCUGGAAGAGGCAGCAGGCCUCCCUGCUGGGGUGUCCUGGUCAGAGAGAGAACAGAGCAGGGUCUGGGACUCUGUGAGUGCCCAUUAGGGCCAUGCUUUGUAACCUUGAGCUGGGCCCUGCCCUUUCCGGACUGCAGCACCCCAGGCCUCUGUCAUCCCGUGAGAGCCGUCCCUACCUGACCCCCUUCCCUGUGCUGAGGGCUGCCUCCCUAGAAGGCUGGGUAUUCCUGGCCCCUCUGCCUUCUAUUUUACAGGCUUCUUCCCUGCUGCCAGUCCAGACCCUGUCUUGCUCUAGCGGUCUGUCCUUGCACCUCAUGGGGACACCAGGCUGCUGGGAUGCUGGCCAGGGCCACCUGCUCCUACCUAAUCUCUGGCCUUAACAGCUGGAGAAACUGAGGGCAAAGUGGGGGCUCGUCCCCAGCCAGAGGCUCUGGCCAAUGCCCUGAGCUCCCAGAGAGAGGGUGCCCUGUCUAGCUGGGGUGCUGGGGCCUGGGGUGGGUGUGGGGGUUGCUGCUUGCCCACUUAGGCCCUGUGCUCCUGCCCCUGCGCUCCUGCCCCUGCCAGCCCAGGGCACAGAUGGCAGCCAGACCCAGAACUGCCUCCUUGCUGCCCACCCCCAGAAUCCCCCUCGAGCCAGAACCAGGAGCUGCAGGAACGCCCCUGACACCACCCCACCCCGGCCCCACACUGCUGCUAUUCUUGCCUUAAAGCCACCGUGGGAGCGCUGCAAUCUUUUUGUUUUAUUUAAAGAAAGUACAAGAUUAAAGGGUUUCAAGUGCAA